AUGGAGGAGGAGACCGAGGAGACUGAGGUGCGUCAGUAUGCCACCGACAACAGGGGACUUCGAGAUCCGGCCUCAAAGCUCAAUAUUGAAGCCUGGCUGUCACCGCUGAGUGAUCACUUUCCCACUCCACGGGGCUUCCACUUUCUCUCUGCACCCAUCUUGCCGUCCUCGCCGUCAACGACCUCAAACGACGAGGGAAGCUCUCCAUCUACAAACUCGAACCCCUGGAACAACCGAGCAAGCGUCAUGACGGACGUCACAGAGUUCGACGAUCUAUAUGAUGUCAGUGAUGAAGAUGUGCAACCCGCGCUUCGAAGAAUGCCCUCGCGUAAGUCGUCAAUUAGGAGACGCAAUUCGAUCCGCAACGAGGUCCCGAAGCAGUCCGCAAGCGGGGUUCGCAGGGCUUUACCUCCUCUCGUCAUUCCUGCCGGUCGAAAUGCAUCCAGCGAAGAUUGGUCUGCGGGCCUCAAGAAAGCUCUCGCAUCCCCAGUGCCGCCCACGCCGCCGACCCGAGUCGAGAUGUCUCCUGCCGUGAUGUCUUUCAUGCAGGCUCAGCAGUCGCAAGAGGUCCCCACCAUCUCUGCACCGCCGUCACUAGAUGGAAGUCUGAGCUCUGAACAACUAGCACACAUGUCGGCGCCUCCGACUCCUAUCAUCGGCAGUGAAGGUGGAGACAAGAAUGAGGAAGAUUGGUCUGGCGUUCGACUUCAACCUGGAGCCCUGGCGACUCUACAUGCCCUUUCUGGGGAUAACGAUAGCUUGCAUGAGCACGAGGUAUCCGAAAUGCGCCAACAGCCUCUGAGAAUCGUUACGAAUCUUCGCCCGCGGCCACAACGCGUGGCUGCGCUCUCACCCAGCACCCAUCGCCGGUCUCUCGCCGAUCUCACCAAGCUCGACAUUCCCUCUCCAGGGGGCUUUUUUUCCGGUCUUUCUCCACGAACCAGAACUACUUGGCACAUGCCUUCCAGAUCGCCCGAGGAGAUGAUGCCUCCCACAUCCACCACGGCAGAGCAGUUCUACCGCUGCCCAUGGAACAUGAACGCCUCCAUCCCCCCUCUGCCGAUUGCACAGCCCAGGCUUAUCGCCAAUGAGAGCGAUGAGUCUGUCGAGCAGUUCUACCGCAACUCUCUGCCCUCACCCAAUCUGAUCGUUGAGCAGGUUGUGGAGGUCAGGAACGAGGUCCCUGACGAAGACGACAUGCCCACCGCUAAGCCAAUCGUCCCGACGAUCUUCUCAACUACGUCGAACACAUUGGCCGAGCCAGCUUCGCCGGAGCUUGAUGAUGCGCCAACUGAGAUUGUCACCGUCUAUGACCCGGAGUACGCCCGCAAGCAGCAAGAGGUUGCUCUCUCCAAUCUCGACCGGACUGAGAUGUGGCUCAUGGCUCAGCGCGCAUACCUAAAGCCAGUCGAAGCCGAAAGCGAUGGGGAAGACAACAACAAAAACCUUGAUACCAUACCUGAGGUUGUGGACGAAGACGCCGAGAACCUGCCAGAACCAGAAACCGUCACUGUUCCUAUGAAGAAAACUGUUCGCUUUUCCGAGUUUGUGGCCAAGACCAACAUCCCCUGCCGUCUGCCAUCCAAGCUUCUGAGGCAGGAGUCCGCGUACUACCGUGCUUUCCAGGACUACGUCAUCCGCUCCAGCAGACAAGACGUCUUCGUCCACCAACUUCCACGCUUUGAAGCACUGCAGGCUCAGCGUGUCUGCCUCCGGGAGUUUCACCGCAAUCAACUUCUGGGAAAGUACCAACUCAGUGUCGUCCCCCAGUCAGCCAAGAAACGUCUCAGUGCCAACGUCGCCCGUGGCGAUGACGUUCUCAUUGAUGACCCCGAAAAGAUCAAGCGUGAAAAGGAACACGAAGCCAUGUCCCAGAUGGCCAUCUCUGCAUGGCAUGUUGCCGCCAUCAGAAUGUUGAACGGUGGGAAGCUGAUCUCAGCUCCUGUUGCUAAGCGUCUCGCUCGCGUCUCGCGUAUGGCGCCUGGUCGUGAUGGUGUUGCCCGCGACAGAGCUCGAGUUCUCGAUCUUGGGGGACAGUCUACGUGUGACUGGGCAUGGCACUGCGCGCUGCAAUAUCCCAACACCAAAAUUUACACUGUCACAACCAAGACAAUCCGCCAGCUGUCCAACUCCAACGUCCGAGGCCCCCCCAAUCACCGCCAAGUGGCCGUCGAGAGGCUUACUCGCCUCCCCUUCAAAGACGACCAAUUCGACCUCAUCUCGGCGCGUGAGUUGCACAGCAUCCUCAAGUUCGUUGGCGAGAAUGGUGAAGACGAAUGGGAGACGUGCCUGAAGGAGUGCCUGCGUGUCCUCAAGCCAGGUGGCUAUCUUGAGUUUUCUGUCCUCGACUCGGACAUUAUGAAUGCCGGCCCUCUAGGCUUGGCUAAGAGCGUCGAGUUUGGCUUCGACCUCAAAACGUUGGGCUACGAUCCCAACCCUACCAGAAUGUUUCUCGGGCGGCUCUCACGCGCAGGCUUCGACGAGGUCCGCCGGGCGUGGAUGUGCCUGCCCGUAGGCGCGCGUCGCCCUUCACAGCAGCAGGGAAAGCCCCUUCCUUCGCUGCCCGCCCGGGUUAGCCCGGCGGGCCAGGAGGUGCGGACGGUGACGAUGGAAGCCAUGGUUACAGGCAGCACUGACGGAAUUGCCAACGUGACGGGCAUUGUUGGCGGUUGGAGCUGGGAGCGCUGGCUGCUACGCUGCGAGAUGGAAAAGGUCAGCGGUGAGCUGCGACUUGCCGAUAUGGUGACGGAGGGCGCAGCCAUGAGAGAGGCCGGCAAGAGUGUUGAGGGCGUCGCAGCCAUUGUCGAAGAGGGCAGAAGCUGCGGUGCCGGGUGGAGGAUGUUGAGCGGGUACGCGAGGAAGCCCAAAUCCGGCACGGGGCUCAUUUCUGUCGGCAUUGCAGCAUAA